CGACUACUCGAUUGUCGCCACUCUCUCCAACUUGAAUAGACUGCCGCCACCUCUCAACCCUCACCCAAUCCAGAACCAGAAGAAGCCCUAUACUCUUCCCUUGCGCUCUUUAUGCCGCCGACUGGGAGACUACCGAUGUCACCCCCGUCCCAGUUUCCUCCUCCUGCGCCAUCUCCCUCCGACUGCCCUCUCCUAUCUCCCUGCCUUGUCUCCGUCACGAAUGGAAGACCACAAUUGUCGUUGCCGUUCCGGUUCCCUCCUUCGUUCAGCAACUCUCUCCCCUCUCCCUGCCCUGUCUUAUCCUUGUCGCCUCAACAUCCUAAUCUCCGACGCUAUCACCGCAGCAUCAGCAACAAUUCCGUAGCACUACUCCAUGGGGCGGAUGACGGAAGGUCGAGGAACGAGAUUUUGAGAAUACUUGAAGCUAAUAAUUUCAGAGUAGGAUACUAUGAAAUUAUAACUGCUUUACUGCAAUUUUUUCCGAGUUGUUCCAGACUUCCAGUUUACGUGGAAAUAUACAUGCCAAAGCUAGAAUGAAGAAGGUCGGUGGUGAAUGCUUGACUAGUUAAUCAGCUUGCUUCUAAAGCUACCAUCCAUGAACAUUAAGGUUUGUAUUUGUUUUUGCAGAUGCUUCUCAAGGGUCCUAAGAAUGCUCGUAAAGCUCUUUGGUUCAGCUCCUGAUCAUGUGCCACACAACUAGUCUAAAGCCUUGUCCAUGCUAAAGUGAAGGAAGUUGGAGAAAGCUAGAUGCAUGAGUAAUAACAGGAGCAGAUGCAUAAUGGUCUGUUAAAACUUUUGGUUGUCUGUAGAAAUAUCUUGUUAGAUGAACUUGUUGUUGGGUUGUUCUUCAAAAUGGAAUAAAUGGAGGCAAUAUGAAGAAUAUAAUAUCAUGUUGCUUUGCAAGAUUGUUAUUUAAGGAUUAUGACUGGGAUUAUUGAAUAUUUUAUGUUACCUUCAAUAUUCAUGACAAUUGUG